AUGUCUGUAGUUCAGGAAGCACAGGUGCCAAUAGUCCCACCCCAGCAACAAAAUAUCACAGCGGAUGAUAUCUCUAGAUAUCUAUUACAAUAUAUUCUAGCCGCAAGAGGUGUCUGUCAUGAAAAUGCAUUGAUGCUUGCAUUGAUGAGAUUGAAAGUGGAUUCUCACGACGUGAACGCCCAUUGGACAAUUUCAGACUGGUUAGAGGCCCUGAAUGAACAUAUUAAUGCCAUUAAUAUCAAAUUGAAUCUGCUUAACUAUAAGAUUUUAAGAAUCAGCCACGGGAUUGGGAAAAGUGCUGUGAGCAUUAAGAAUAGACAGAAUUUUGGUCUUUUUGAUACUGUUGGAACCACUGAAGAUAAUGAAGAUGACGAUAACAAUGAUAACAAGGAGGACUCAAGGGUAGUAUUACCUGAAAGUAACAGAUUUUAUGUUUAUGUCAAUCUUUCAUCCACUGAAGAGACUAAAUUGGCAACAAGAUUCACCCCCAAGGAAAUUGAAUAUGUUAAAUGGUGUUUAGAAAAAUUUUGUAUACAAAGUGGAAUCAUUAGAGAAAUGGACCAGGGAAAUGCUAUAACGUCCUCGAUAGUUGUCCAUGAGGUAAACAGAAUUUUAUUAAGCGCUACAGGUGACAAUACAACAAAUAAAUGGAAUAAAUGGACCACUUUUACGUUAGGAUCUACAGAAUUAUUACAAUAUGAUGGCUUUACGGCGACGGAAAUUGAAGCCGUUCUAGUUAAAUUAUGUGAACAUAAAUGGUUCUACAGAACUCAAAAUGGUGUAUUCGGUAUGGACUUAAAAUGUAUUGCUGAGUUAGAGGAAUAUCUUGUGUCAACAUUCGAAUUAGCCACAUGUCAGAACUGUAACAAAUUAGCUAUUCAAGGUGUUAUGUGUGGAAGUGAGUCGUGCUUGCAAAAUGGAAGUCCGAGCUCUGAAGGUGAAUCAACUAACAAGUGCCGAGUGUGGCACAUUGACUGCUUCCAACACUACAUUACGCACGUUAGUAAGGACUGUGAUCUUUGUAAGAACUCUCUGAUAACAAAUGGUGUAUACGUUAUAUAG